AUGAUCUCAUUACUUCGUUCAGUCGGGCAUCAGUACGACCGUUGGUUCCGUAGGAGUCCUCUUCUGACACUGGCGUUUGCCAACGGUAUUUGUUCAGUUAUGGGUGAUUCGGCCGCUCAGUUUAUCAGUCUUUGGAAUGCUGAUCCGAACGCUAUCGUCAACUUCAACUAUGGUAGACUAAUGAGAUACCUCUUAUACGGUAUAAAUAUGGGACCAAUCAGUGGAAAAUGGAAUGAAUUUCUAGAGAGACAGUUUCCAGCUCGAACUCACAGAUCAAAUCAUUCGAAUAUCUUGAACGAGAAACCGCCUAGUCCAAUUGAAUUACUAGAGGUCAAUGCAACCAUACCUUCAGAUCAUGAAGAUGGUUUAAAAUCAUUCGCCGAGUCCCCAUCCCUACCCAAAACAGAUUCAAGCGGGAGCUCAUUGGACUUGAUUACUAUCCUGAAAAUGGUCAUCACCGACCAAUUAGUGAUGGCACCACUUUCACUAGUUUACUUUAUCUGCUUCAUGGGCUUCACAGAGGGCAAAACCUGGGAAUUUAUUUAUGCUAGGCUCCAUCGGUUGUUCUUAAAGCUGCUCUUGGCAAACUGGCAAGUGUGGCCAAUCAUUCAGCUAAUCAACUUCAAAUUCAUGCCACUAAGAUUGAGAGUUCCCUUUUCAGCUCUUUGCGGAAUAGUUUGGACGAUCUUUCUGAGUUAUGCUUCGACUUAA